AUGGAUCCUCAAAACGGGCAAACGUAUGAUCUCUUUGAUAGAGAUCAGUUCACAGCAGAUGGUUAUCAUCAAGACUAUACUGAAGGAUUAUAUCAGAAAGAACGCAUUGGGAUCGGAACUAUCUUGUCGGUAUCAGCUAUUGUCAUCGCAUUAGUCUAUCAAGGGCUCAUCAAUCUCGAUUAUGACCUCCUGCCUCCCUCACAAUUAGCUUGGAACGCUCUAGUCUACCUAACGCCUUCUGCAUUACUUGAUUUCGUCGACCAUUACUCAAAUCCUUUGCCAAUACGAAAUCCCAACACAAUGGCAUACCCGCGAACACAUGCGCAAAAAAGUGAGAUGAUGCGCCGUCUAUUUGGCUUGGACACUCCUGGUGGCAUUAUAGAUUCCGUCGCAAGUGCUGGGAGGAGAAGACUAUCGACUCUUCCUCUCAUCGGUGGCCUGGGUGUUGCGGGAGACGAUGAAACACCUGCAGGAUUAGGAAAUUGGGACAAUUCCUGCUAUCAAAAUAGUAUUUUACAAGGACUAGCAUCAUUAGACUCACUGCCAGAUUUCCUUGAAAGUUUCCAAAAUGAUGAAUCUCUACAACAAGAGGGAUCGAAAUCCGAAGACAUCAAAAUGGCCAAUGCUUUGAAGGAGUUGAUCGCUACUCUUAAGGACAAAUCGAAUAAUGGUAGGAGGAUUUGGACACCGGCAGCAUUGAAAAAUAUGAGUAGUUGGCAACAGCAAGAUGCGCAAGAAUACUUUUCUCGUCUUCUUGGCGCAAUAGACAAAGAGUAUGGAACAACAACAAAGUUGGGCGGGGUAUCGGGAUUGGAGCAGCUCAAUAUUCUGAAAAUUUCGAGUCAACAACCAUCACACACUCAAGCUUUAUUCCCAAAUCCUUUGACCGGACUUACCGCUACUAGGGUCGUGUGCACCAAAUGUGGUUACUCCGAAGGCUUGAAAACAACGCCCUCUCUUUGUCAGCCUUUGAUUGUUGGAGAAGGCUGGGAAUAUAACCUCUCUCGAUUGCUUCACGAAGGUACAAAGCUAGAAUUUGUCAAUGGUGUAUACUGUGAGAGAUGUACAUUACAGAAAAGCCAGCAUUUACUUUCCACUUUGAUGGAGCGACUUGCGGCCGAACCGGAAGAUAAUCGAAUUCGCAUAAAUACAUCGGAACGACUACGGGCCGUCACAGAAGCACUAGAAAACGAUGAUUUUGCGGAAAAGACACUUAAAGAAAAGUGCAAAAUACCUAUAGAAAACUGGGUAUCAGUUACCAAAUCAAAACAAGAUAUAAUUGCUCGGCCUCCAAAGUCUCUAGCCCUUCAUCUUAAUCGAAGCACUUAUGGGCCUGACGGAGAGUUGAGUAAGAAGACAGCUGCUAUUCGCUUUCCCAAACAUCUCGAUCUUGGCCCGUACUGUCUCGGCAGUGCCGGACACAAUGAUAAUGAAGAUGAUUGCGAAGAAUGGCUCUUAGCCCCAUAUGACUCUAUGGUUGCAGGAAUACAAAAGAAGUCUCGUAUACAGGGACCGGUGUACGAGUUACGGGCAGUUGUUACCCAUUCUGGAAGGCAUGAUAAUGGUCACUAUAUUUGCUACCGACGACAUCCAGUUUCGGAAAACAAAACUGAUGAGAAUGGUAGCAAACAAGAUCAAUGGUGGCGUUUAAGUGAUGAUCAUGUCAUGAAAGUCAGUGAAGAUAAUGUCUUGGCGCAAGGAGGGGUAUUUAUGCUCUUUUAUGAUCAAAUAGAACCUGCUGUUCAUCUAUCAGCCCUAGCUCCCGUCAUUGAUACAUCGAUGCAAGGUACUGGUAUAGAACAAUCGGCAUGCGGCUCUCGAGAUGAAACCACUCCUCUCAUGCCUCAUGACGCGAUCUCAAACUCAACAAUUAUUACACCUCUCACUGAGACCGAUGAUACAGAGUACCUUAUAUCAAGAUCUUCGUCGUCUUCUAAUUUAUCAGAUGUAGACACGCAGUUUACGAAUGACGAAAAUCAUGAUAACAAAGAAAUCACGGCCUCGGAAGGCUCAGAUGGGGACGAAGAUACUAAGCAAAAAAUGGAAGCGAGAUAUACUCCGACUAAGGCUAUUCUGAUACCUCAACCCUACAUGCGUACAAGCAAAAGCAAAAGUGGGAGGGAUAGCAGUGAAGGGACGAGAGAGAAUAAUAUGGGGGGGUUGCUUAUGGUAUAA